AUAAUGUACAACAACGCCGGUGUCCUUGAUCGUCCUAGCGGGAGCAUCUUAGACACACCCAAAUCCGAUCUUGACAAAGUGGUCGGCGUCAAUCUGGUCGGCGCCUUCCUCGGCGCCAAGCACGCGGCGAGAGUCAUGGUGCCCCGAAAAAAGGGUUCCAUUUUAUUCACUGCAAGUGCUAGUACCGCCAUUGCAGGACUAGCAACUCACGCUUACGCGGCGUCGAAGUACGGAAUUGUCGGACUGGCCAAAAACUUAACGGCGGAGCUUGGCCAACAUGGAAUCCGGGUUAACUGUGUGUCACCGUACGGUGUUUUGACCGGCAUGACGGUGGUGCAGGAAUCUGAAGUGCCGAAGGUGGAAGCUGCGAUGAGCAUGAUGGGUAAUCUUAAGGGAGAGGUGCUGAGAGCCAUGGAUGUGGCGAAAGCAGCUCUGUUCUUGGCUAGCGACGAGGCAAACUAUGUCAGCGGCCUCAAUCUUCUCGUCGACGGUGGAUUCAGUGUCGUGAAUCCGACAAUCAUGAGGGCACGCCAGAUGAAUAAGGAAUUACUUUUAAAUGAUUCAUUUAAUUCUAAAAAUCUUAAUUAA